AUAAUGUCUUCCCAUCCUCUCAAACGAGGGAGAAAGCAGAAGGUGGGAAACAAGAAUGCAAUGAGGGAUAAGUAUGAUGCGGAGAUCAAAUCCUGUACUUCAAGAUAUGAACACCUGAAGUCGGAAACGAUGGAGAAGUUCUCGGACUUGCCCAUUUCUCCGAGGACGCUGUCAGGAUUAGAGUCAGCAGGGUUUGUGAAUAUGACGGAUAUUCAGAGACAGUCCAUCCCUCACUGUCUUAGAGGCUCCGAUGUUCAGGCUGAAGCAAUAACAGGAAGUGGUAAAACGUUGGGGUUCCUAGUUCCCGUGUUGGAAUGUUUGUGGAGAGAGAAGUGGUCCACUGCUAUGGGAGCUGGAGCUCUCAUCAUCACUCCCACUCGGGAACUUGCUUAUCAGAUAUACGAGGUCCUCAAAAAGGUAGGGUGUAAGCAUGACUUCUCAGCGGGCCUGAUAAUAGGAGGAAAGAGUGUGGAGGAGGAGAGGAAGAGAAUACAGAGCACCAACAUUCUCAUAGCAACACCAGGGAGACUGCUCCAGCACAUGGACCAAACUGCUGGAUUUAACUGUGAUCUUCUUCAGCUUCUCGUACUGGACGAGGCAGACCGUAUCCUAGACCUGGGUUUCUCAACAGCCAUGAAGUAUAUUCUUGAGAACCUGCCAACAGAGCGGCAGACUCUCCUUUUCUCCGCUACCCUCAGCACUAAAAAUAUCAUGAAACUAGCUAACUUGUCUCUCAAGGAGAGCGUGGUAGUCUCCACCAACAAGAGCAAGACUCCAACCCAACUCAGUCACUCUUACGUCACUUUGGAACUGUCUGUGAAACUGGAGGUGCUCCACGCCUUCAUCAAGUCUCAUCUCAACACAAAGAUUCUAGUCUUUAUGUCCUCUUGCAAACAGGUUCAGUUCCACAAUGCCGUCCUCUGCAAACUGAGACCAGGCACACCAAUAUUGGCACUUCACGGCAAACAGAACCAACUCCGCAGAGUCGGAAUAUACGAGGCAUUCUGUAAGAAAACAGCGGCCGUUCUGCUCGCUACAGAUAUCGCAGCUAGGGGCCUGGACAUACCAGCUGUUCAUUGGGUCGUUCAUUUGGACUGCCCUGAAGACUUGGAGACCUAUGUUCAUAGAUCAGGAAGGACUGCUAGAUACCACAAGACAGGGAACAGUCUGGCAAUGUUCCUCCCCUCCGAGGAGGAGAUGGUGACUAAACUCACCAACACCGGUAUCUCUCUUACUAAGAUAAGAGUGAACCCUCAAAAACAGGUUUCGAUCCAGAAAAAAGUACAGUCACUUUGCGCAGAAAGCCCCGAAGUACACCACUGGGCUCGUAAAUGUUUCGUCAGCUAUGUCCGGAGUAUCUUCCUUCAGAAAGACAAGUCCGUGUUCAAUGUAAACCAACUCCCGCUGGCAGCUUAUGCUGCUUCUCUCGGUCUCCUCACUGCACCUAAAGUCAGGUUCCUGAAAAAAGCAGAGAAGAAGAGAGGAGAAACUCAGGAAAGUAAAAAGGACGAAGAAAAAGACAAAGAAGGACAGCUCGGAGAAGAAAAAGUGAAGUUAGAUCUUCCAUCAGAUGAUGAUGAUGGGUAUGGACGAUAUUUGAUCAAGAAAGGAAGUUCAGUGGUUGAUUCAAUGUCUACAGAGAACCUUGAAGAAAUUGGGCCCCGACAACCUAAAGGAAAACCUAAGACAAAAGUUGCGAAAGCAAAGGCUUUGUUGAGAAAGGGGAUCGUGGCUAACACUAAAAUUGUAUUCGAUGAAGAAGGAAAUGUUGAAUCUCAAGAAGGAGUGUUCGAGAAACAUAACGCUGCUAUAGUUGAUAUAACCCCUGCCCUCGAUCCUUCCAAAGCAGGUGGCAUUGAUAUAGCAGAGAUAACGGCGGACAUGAGAGCGCAGGAUAAGAUGGACAAGUUGGAACAGAAAAACAAACGAAAGGAGGCUAAGCAUGCUCGAAAAGAGAAGCGGCGAGAAAGAGACGCGGCUAGAUCAGGGGGAGUAGCUACACUCGGGGGUGGUAACUCCGACAGCGAGGAAGAGGAGCAAGAGGAAGAGGAAGAGGAGCAAGAGGAAGAGGAGCAAGGAGGUGACUACUCUGAAGAUGGGGCGUCUGAAUCUGAAUCUGAGGAUAGAGCUGCUAAGAGGUUUAAAUCUGAUAAUUUACAGGACACUGAGGAACUCGCCAGGCAGCUCCUCGGGGACUUGUGAUAGAACUGUUUCAUGAUUUAUUUACAGCUGAUCAUUUUAUUUAGACCUGUUUUAACCAAUUGUAUUGAUGCAGUUUUUAAUGGUGACCUUUUGUUGGUGAUGGUUUUAAGUUAUUAGUAGGGAUAAUCAUUUGUCAACCACCGCAUGAGAAAGUUUUAAGUUUGACAAUUUUU